AUGUCUUAAAUUCAUAGCAAUCAUUUAUUAAAGAGUAUUGAUGAAUUAAGACAAGCAUUUAUCUAAGUUCAAGUUCCUUUAAAAUAAUAUCAAUAAAAGGAAGUCUCAAGAGUGAUAUAAACCAAAGCACAUUCAUAACAUUAUCAUCCAAUAUGUCCUCCCUCCUAAUCAUAUAAUACAAUUAGUUAUCAGCCUUAUGUUAUAGUCUAAGAAUAACCAGUUAAUGUAAAAAAAUCAAGUUCGAAAAAGAAGAAAUAUUUUAAGGAAGUUUCAGAAGAAAUUUAAGUUUAAAUGCCAAUUAAAAAAUUUAGAUAAAAAAUAGAAUAGCCACAUUCAAAUAUUUAAAGGGAAGUUGAUCUAUUAGAAUAGCUCAUAAGGUAAGUAAAGAUUGAAGAUUAACCUUCUUCAGUAUUAGAAUAUCAUAUAAGUGUUCCUGAAUAGGAGAAGCCAAAAGAUAACAAUGAAUUUAUUACUAUGCUAGCUGCAUUAAAAUAAAAACCUAUUUAAUUACCUAAUGAUGACUAUUUAAAAAUAGAAAAUGCUAGAUUAUAGGAAGAAAUAAAAAAUAGUAAAAUAAAAUAUCACGAACUUGCAGUUAGAUAUGAGGAAUUAUAAAAAAGAAAGAGAAAAGAAAAAAUAGUAAAGGAAGUUGAAUAUAAGGAAAUUCCAAAAAUUGUUGAAGUGUCUAGAGAUGUGAUUAAAGAAGUAAUAAAACCUUUUGAAGUCAUUAAAGAAGUAAUAAAAGAAGUAGAGAAACCAUCUUAAAUUAAUACUAAAGAAAUUCCUAUAUAUAUACCUUAAUAUAAAGAAGUCACUGUUAAUAAAGAAGUACCAGUUUAUAAAGAAGUUGCAGUGCAAAAAGAAGUUAAAGUUUACAAAGAUAUUCCAAUAUAUAAAGAUGUACCUAUAUAUUACGAUGUUCCUAUCUAUAGAGAUGCACCAAUAUAUUAGAAAGUGCCUAUAUAUUAAGAAAUACCAGUUUAUUCUGAACCAAUUAAUGUAUAUAGAGAAAUACCAAUAUAAAAGGAGGUAUAAUGCAUUCCAUAGACAAUUGUGGAACAUCAAAAUUUAUCAAGGACAAGGAGAGCUGUUUCAUACAAUCAGAAUGAUAGAAUAUAUAUACGACCAUACUAUUCGAGAGUAGAAUAUUGA